CAGUCGGUCUAGAGUUCCCGACAAACAAAUUCCCGGGAAGAAGAAUCCAAUUCUUUUUCCGAGAACAAAAUUCCUGAAAGCAAAAUUCUCCAAGUGCCCGAUAAUUGGUUCGGACUUCGGUGAAGCCAUACUUAGAUCAAAUCUAGAGAGAGCAGGAAGAGAGAAGAGAGAGGAGAGAGUAGAGAGAAGGCUUCAAUGGCAGAAAAACCCCAACCGGUACGGGUUCUGUACUGCUCCGUUUGUAGUCUUCCAGCAGAGUAUUGCGAAUUCGGACCCGAUUUUGAGAAAUGCAAGCCAUGGUUGAUCAAGAACGCGCCCGAACUCUACCCAGAUCUUCUUAAAGAGGCUAGUGAAAAGGAAGCUGACAAGGUUUCUGAACAGCUACAGUCAGUUGGGAUCUCUUCCGGGGCUGGCAAUGAGACUGCUCCUUCUGGGAAAACGUCAACAUCUAAGCAAGAGGAAGUAAAACGUCUUCCUGGUGGAAAAAUAAAGAAGAAAGAGAAACAAGAGGUCAUUAUUGAGAAGGUUGUGCGCAAUAAGCGCAAGUGUAUCACAAUUGUGAAAGGACUGGACCUAUUUGGUGUUAAACUUGGUGAUGCUUCCAAAAAGCUUGGGAAGAAGUUUGCCACCGGAGCAUCUGUUGUUAAGGGCCCAACUGAUAAGGAGCAAAUUGAUGUUCAAGGGGACAUAUCCUACGACAUUGUAGAAUUUGUAACAGAUACCUGGCCUGAUGUGCCUGAAACUGCCAUUUACUUCAUUGAAGACGGGAGAAAGGUCUCGGCUGCUUGAAUUCAGAGUCGAAAGGGAACUGGUGCUGAUAUUCAUAUCUACAACAAUGCUCCAAAACUGAUAAAAGCUAUCACCAGAAAGAAGAAAACAUCCCAUCCAGCACCAGCGUCGGAAUCUUAUUACACAAAUAUGACAUCCCUUAUCAAUUAUGUAAUCCUUGAGUUGGUUUUCCAGCACCCUCUGUGAUAGUUUAUAUCUGCUGAAAGGUCAGCAGUACUACCAGGACUGACUCCCAUUAUUCCCAGGGUGAAACAUAUGUAUUUUUGCAGUUGAAAAAUCAUCUAUAUUUUUGAGUAAUGGAUGCAAUUUUGUUGAAUUA